CAAAAUCUCCAUCUAAACGAUGCGCAGUUAUAUCGACUUAUUUGGCCCGCAGAUCCCCUCGAUCGCCAACAAUAGCUAAUCUGAAACAUUCAGUUUCGCCAGUUGAAAUGGCCGUCGUUGCAGAUAUUCAAGAAAUAAUAAAAUCUACAAAAUUAAAGCGAUCUAAGAAUGCACGUUCGGUAAUGAAUUCUGUUACUGCAUCAAUCAGCGGGGAAAAUUUAGCAAACUCGAGAGGUAAAAUUAAACUGUGUAAAAAUUUAGGUUUGCCAGCAAGAAGGGUUGCUGGAGGCCAGCGUAUUAGGUCUAGAAUUCUUAAAAGUGAAUCGUCUGCAUGGGCUCUUACGCAACAGAAAACAAGAAAAGAUUCCAUUUCAGAAGAAACAAAGAAAACAGUUUAUAACUUUUGGCUCUCUGAUGGCAUAUCACACCCGACCGGCAACAAAUCCGAUAUCAAAAGAGAACGAUUGGGACCAAACUUAUAUACUUCGCAUAUGACACACGUGCUGGAAAAAAUUGGACAAAGGGCAUUUGAGAAACUUCGACCGUUUUUCGUAAGACCUGCAUCUGAAAAAGAUAGAAAUACAUGCUGUUGUAGAUAUCACGUGGAAGCAAACCUUGUUUUCAAAGCAUGUAUGAAGUUCAGAAAAUCGUGUGACAGGGAAACCGAUUCGCAAGAAAGUGACUAUCCCGUAUUUGAGAAAAUGUCAGACCUUAUACAUAUUACGCUAUGUCCAAAAGUAAAUGGAUUUUAUAGAAAAAAUUGUCUUGACCGAAAAUGUAGCCUUUGCGGAGUUGGUAAUUUCAAACUUUCACCCAACGAAUCACAGUCGUCUUCAACUGUUGAAUGGCAAAAAUAUGAAUAUAUAACUGAAAAAUCGAAGGGUAAAAAUGUAAGGCGCCGACUGACCCUGAUAAAAAAGAAAACUAGCGUAAACGAAAUGUUUCUCAAUUUAAAAAAGCUUCUCGAAACUUUCCCCGCUCACCAGCACCGAUCAAACUGGCAAAGCAAUCAACUUAAAAGUCUUGUUCAGAACUUGCCAGUCAAUCAUUGCAUAUGCAUCCACGAUUAUUCGGAAAAUUAUCGCUGUGUCGAGAAAGAAGAAAUCCAAUCCAAUUACUUCCAAAGAACUGAAUGCAGCAUUCAUGUAACCGUCAUGCACCGACACGCCAUUUUAGAAUACGAUGGUGUAGACAGUACAGAAGAAUUUCCGGAAAUAAUUACGGAACAUUUUUUCGUAAUUUCCCCGGACCUGCAACAUGAUAAUGAUUUUACAAAAUAUGUCCAAAAGAAAGUUAAGGAAUAUUUAGAUUCAAUAUCAUACACAGUUGAUCAUAUGCCUGAAUUCACAGACGGUUGUUCUAGCCAAUAUAAAUCGCGGCACUGUUUAGGAAGUUUAUCUACUGCAUGCCAUCCCUGA